AUGAAAAUUCUGGUUGUUGGGCAGGGUGGACGCGAACACGCGCUCGUCUGGAAACUUGCACAGAGCCCACUUGUCGAAAAAAUCUAUUGCGCGCCCGGUAAUCCCGGCAUCUCACAAAUCGCAGCGUCUAUCCCGAUGCCGGAGCGAUUUGCUGACCUUGCAAAUUGGGCAGAAUCCGAAAGUAUUGCACUAACCGUUGUCGGACCUGAAGUUCCGUUGGCUGAAGGGAUUGUCGAUGUGUUCCGUGAACGUGGAUUGAAAGCAUUUGGACCCGAUAAGCGAGCAGCGCACCUUGAAGCAAGUAAGGAUUUCGCCAAGCAGCUGAUGAUGAAAAACGAUAUACCGACAGCGGCACACCGCACAUUUACGGAUGCCGAGGAAGCGAUGGCCUAUAUCGAAGAUCAAAAUACACCUGUUUUCGUUAAGGCAAACGGACUCGCAGCAGGAAAGGGAGUUAUCCCGGGACGUACCUUCAAAGAGGCAGUGCAAGCUGUCACAACUAUUUUGAUAGACAAGGCAUUUGGCGAUGCCGGUGAUAGCGUCGUGAUUGAAGAAGAGCUCAUCGGUGAGGAAGCCUCCUUUACCGUACUUACCGAUGGUACCUACUGCCUCCCUUUUGUCAGUUCGCAGGACCACAAGAUGUCCCACGAUGGUGAUACGGGUAAGAACACCGGCGGGAUGGGCGCAUACUCUCCUGCGCCAGUUAUCACACCAGAAUUGCACGACUAUGUGAUGGAACGCAUUGUCUACCCUACCGUCAAUGGCAUGGCGGAUAUCGAUAGGCUCUUCAAAGGUGUGUUAUACGUGGGAUUAAUGAUUACAGACGCAGGCCCAAAGGUGGUGGAGUUCAACUGCCGUUUUGGUGACCCGGAGGCACAAGUCCUCUUACCUCGCCUCAAAAGUGAUUUGGUGCCUUUGCUAAUCGCGUGUAUUGAUGGAACGCUUAAGCAGCAUGCUGAUGUUCAAUGGCAUAACGAAGCAGCAGCGUGCAUCGCUAUGGCUUCGGGUGGGUAUCCAGACCCAUAUCAAACAGGGGAAGUUAUCACGGGGCUUGAAGAUGCGAAUGCAAUUGAAGGCGUUACGGUCUUUCACGCAGGAACGGAGCAAGACGGUGAGGACAUCGUCACAGCCGGCGGUAGAGUAUUAGGUGUCACUGCUGUUGCAGGCGGAUUACAUGAUGCCAUUCAACGCGCAUAUCAAGGCGUUUCUGCUAUUCAGUUUGCCGAUGCACAUUAUCGGAAAGACAUCGGGUACCGGGCAUUAGGGCGAAAUUGA